ACACAAGGUAAACAAGUAUGGCUGCCAAAAGCACUUGCAGCUGAAACAAAUUGAAGAAAACAGGAUAAUAAUAUAAACUUACUAGAGCCUUUUGCCUGAAAGUUAGGCUUUCUACAGCUUUAACAUGGCAGAAGUAUAUCAGCCUAGCCCACCAAGUAGCGCUGGGGCAAUGCAAAUCGCAAUGUCAGCAGGACGAACCCCAACAUCAACAUCCAGCAGACGUUCUACAACACCAGGUAGUUUUUACGAAGCAGAUACUCCCGAAUUUGAACGACGGGCUGGGGAUAGUGGUAGCAGUACUGGUGUCAAGCGGUGGAAACGAUUGCACGAACAACAAACAAUGGAACAGCUGAGCUCACUGAGACAGGAGAAAAAAGAAAGCAUCUUAAUCGCAAAACAAAAGGCCAGGGAAACAGCCAGAAAAAUUAGUGUUGAACUUUUGGCAAGAGAAUGGUUGGCUGAAAAUCAGGCUACAGUGGAAAUAAGAGCUUAUUUAGUAGAUAAAUUAUUACCCACAUUAAUCCUUGGUGUAGAAAAACUAUUAACGGUGGUUGAUUUUCAAGAACUAGCUGAAACAGAUAAAAAUGCAAACUUUAAUCCAUUAAAUUUUUUAGCCCAAUAUUUAUUAAGGAACAAUCCUAAAUACAGUAAUUUUGCUGAAGCAUCACCUUAUGUUCGUGGAAUCCGACAAGUUUCGGAAGAUCUCAGAAUGCAACUUUUCAACAUGGAAGAUAACAGGUUGGCAAAAAUCAAGGCUGAUGUAAAACGUAGACGAACAGAAAGAGAACAUCAACAACAUUUAAAACUUUUAGAAAAUAUCCGACGUUCCAAUUGUUUACUUACACAAUUUACAGAAUGGAAUGUUGCUGUCGAUGGUCGGGUUGAACUGUCACUGUUCCAGAAUGCUCUACGAUCAUUUAAUGAGGUGGCAGAAAAUUUUCCAGAAGAAUUAAAGAGAGUUUCUAGAUUAGGCCACAGUUUAGAACCCACAGAUGAAACAGGCAUUACUCUAACUUUAAAUGAAUUUGUUAAGUAUAUAAGUUCGUACAUAGAAAAUCUACCCAGAGAAGUGUUUGAACAGUUCAUGGUACACAUGUCUAAGUGUGCUGCAGCAUAUCGGGCAUCCGCUGAACGUGAGCAACGUAGAAUAUACUUGUCUAAUCUUUUUAUGAAAUGUGAUCAUAGUGGCAUUGCGUUAUUAGACAGACAUAGGAUAUUAAAUCUAUUUGAACAAUACUGGGAUCAAAUGAAGAAUGACGAGAAAUGUAAAGGUCUACGUAAUCCCAGACAAUGGCCUGUUGUAGAAGUUGAUGAAGCUGAUGACAGUGUUAGUGACGAGGAAGAAGAGGAAGAUGAACCCUCUACUCAACAAACUACCGAAGAAGUUGCUCUAUCUCAACAAGAACAACCAUCACCACAAACCUCAGAAGAAUCAACACAGAAAACUUUAGAUGAGAAUAAAGAUUUGAAGGAAGAAGAACAAACGGAAACAAAAGAAGAAGAAAUAAAAGAUGAACAGAAGGUGGAAGUAGAGGAUAAUAAAACAGAAGAAAAUCAAACACAGGAACCAAAAGUGGUAGAGACAGCAGAAACUCCACAGGACUCGGCAGAUGCACAACAAGAAAUAAAGCAGGAAGAACAGGAAGUCAAAGAUGGAGAAACACAAGAUGGAGAAGGCAAGGAAGCAGAAGGCAAAGAAGAAGAAGUCAAAGAUGCAGAAGUAAAGGAUGGAGAGGCUCAAGAUGGAGAAGUCAAAGAUGCAGAAGUCAAGGAAGAGGAAGUCAAAGAAGUAGCACCAGAACAAAAGGAGACAGCUGAUUCAGAGAAAGAAAAAGGAGAGGCAGAAGAAACCGUUAAAGAAACAAAUGAAACCAACAAAGUAACAGACGCAGCAGGAAGCGGAACUGACACAGUUAAACCCGUUAAACCCGUUAAACCUAAAUCAGCAUUGAAAGCGGAACGUGAAGAAGCAGCAGGUCAAACCGGAAGAAUUUCUGUUACUUUUGCUGAAGGGACAGCUUUUGAGAGAGAAAAGACAGGAAUUACACUAACAAGCAGAAGUCAAUCCCAGAUGUCAGCGUUUGAUGAGAGUUCGCUCAAUGUCUCACAGUUUGUCCAACUAACGGAAACAUUUUUAGGUGACGAGCCAGUCAAGGACGUUUUUACUCGAUUAUUGAAAUUUAUUAAAGAUGGUUAUGAGGAAACCGAGGAAGAGAAAAUGGAGAGAUUGACAAAGGCUAGAAGAGAAGCUGUAUCUGCUAAACGUAAAUCAAUGAUAGAUGUAUUAUUUGAGAAAUGGGAUAACGAUGGAUCAGGAUAUUUAGAUCUAGAGGAUGUAGAAGAUGUCAUGGUUAAAUAUAAAGAUGGCCAGGAAGUGGAAGCUAUAUAUUAUGCGAAGGAAGAAAUGAAGAAGAAAUCUCGGUUCCAGGAUCAGAGAUUGAGUAAACGAGAGUUCCGUAUGUUAAUCCAGCUGGUCGUACAGGAAAUACCAGGAUCAGAAACCUUCGAUUCGUUGUUAGAAUUUCUCACUAAUAGUGUGGAGAGAUCAUAUUCUGAUCGUAUCCGUGGUGAAGCCAGGAAGAAAUGGUUACAACAGAUAGUGACUGCUGCUGAAACAGGUGGCGCUAGUAUGGAACCUGUUUAUAGAGCUGUAUUUCAAGCUCUUUAUAAGGAUGCUGAAGCUCAUGGUGGUGGAAAGAAAAUCAGUGCAAAUAUUUCCAUGUCGGAACGAAAUGUUAAAUUUCCACAAAGAGGCGAGACAGUUCUGCGAUAUGUUGCCGCUACACCCGAAGAUGCAGAUUACGUAUUAGAUAAAAUACUAUAUAAGGAUAUGAAGGGAGUAAGUUUUGCUGCUCUAGAAAGCGGGAAACCUAUUCAUGUUCCUAGAGUUGGUAACCAUGGUAACAUUCACUUCUGGAAUACACGCAGACGGCCUGAGGAACGUGAAGGAUCAUUUAUUGUAAUCCCAUUAAAAGAUAAAAGAAAGAGAGCAUUUGGUUUAUUAGGAAUUGAUACAAUCGCUGAUCCCCACACUAAAGCUAUAUUUAUUACACACGAAAUACAAUUCUUUCAGGGCAUCGCUAAGGCUUUCAGUAUUGCCUAUCACCAUGUUGACAUGAGACGGUAUCGCUAA